AGUAACUUUUUAAAAUGGUCACGUCCUUCUUAACACCAUUUGAAAGAGGGGGGCACAAUCCAGUUGUUUUUUAAUUUCAAGAGUCUGCUAUGAUCAAGUUUGUCAUCAACAAUUUAUCCGUUUUUUAGCAUUACAGAUUUGGCGCAAAAUUAGACUCAAAAGCACAUGAAAACUCAGAUACACUCGAAAACUCUCUGUUUACAGAAUUGAGUACGGCCAAGCAACCGAAUUAACCAAGAAAGGGGCAAAGCAAGGCGAAAAUGAAAACUACGGAUAACCACCUCAGAAAAAAGAUUAAGAGAACCUCAAGAGCCGAUAGAAUCAGUAAUUUGCCAAGUGAAAUCAUAGACAAAAUUCUAAUUUGUCUGCCGAUUAAAGAAGCAGUGAAAACUAGUGUCUUGUCCAAGAAUUGGAGGUUCAAGUGGAGAUACCUUUCCAAAUUGGUAUUUGAUACAACUUUUUAUCACACAGCUGGAAAUCCUUCUACUACUAAACCCUUUUUUGAUAUGUAUAAGGUUCUAUUACUUCUUCGAGGUCCCAUAUUCCAUUUUACUCUUCGUAUUCCAGUGUUGAACAUUUAUCCUGAGAUUAACCAGUUGAUGCUAUAUCUAAGCGAGAGAGAUGUUCAAGAAAUUAACUUUACAGUUUAUGAUUUCUCCAUAUCGGUGCCAUCAUUUCUGUUCUCAUGUGCGACAUUGAGGAGCUUGACCUUGUCCACAUGUAAGUUCAAAGCUCCAUCGGCAUUCCAAGGGUUUGUGAAGUUGAUUUCUCUUAUGUUUGAGGCGGUUCAUUUUGAAACUAAUGUGUUUGAAACUUUCAUCUCCAAAUGCCCAUUACUUGAAACACUUUCUAUAAUAAGCUGUUACAAUAUUAGCAGCCUCCAUGUUGACAUUCCUUAUCUUAAGUUCUUUCGCUUCAUGGGUAGAUCAUCGUCUAUUUGUUUUAGAAAAACUAGUCAGCAUCUUUCAACAGUCAUAUUUGAUGGAUAUCAUGCUGGACCCUCAACUUAUGAACCAACUAAGCUUUUGGAAUGUGCGCCUAUGAUCGAGCACUUGCGUCUCGGAUCUGGCUAUGUAAAUUGGCUGCUGUAUGGAACUAUGUGGAGAAAACUUACCCUUGGCUGUCUUAGAGUUCUUGAACUGCCUCACUUAUAUUUUGGGUGUACAGCUACGGUCUCUUCUGUUCUUUACUUGAUUGUGAGUUCUCCUAACUUAGAGAAGCUUGAUAUUGGGUUUGUUAUGAGUAUGGAUGGCAUACAGCCUCUUGCUCCGGAAUUUUUAAAAGUACAAGACCUCUUACAUAAUGCAUUGAAAAAGCUUCGACUGGUGAACUUAGAGCUCUCACACUCAAAAGAAGUGAAGUCUGAUCUUGAAUUUAUCAAGUUUAUAUUGGCUGAAUCAGUAGUACUUGAAAAGCUGUACAUAGAGCCUGCCCAUGGAACAGUUGUUGAAGAUGGACUUAAGAUUUGGAAAGAGAUACUCCGACUUCAACGUGCAUCAGAAAAAGUAGAAAUUUUAUACUUAGAUUGAUGAUGAUGGUGACUGUUGAUAUUGAUAUUAGUGAAGGCCAUGCUUAGGUUAGGAUGUUGAUUAUGUCUGAAAAUGGAUACUUCGGUUUUAGAAUUUCAUUUUCUCUUUUCAUCAAAACUAGCUCUGAAGUUUCAGAAUUAUGUGAAUUCUAUUUUGGAGUUGUAUAUGUUCGUAACACAAAUUCCUUUUUGAAGUGAAUGAGCAGGUACAAUUAAUGGCUCCCCGCCUUACCCGUUACAACCGGUUGGUGGUUGCGCCGUUCUUGAAACUA